CAACCAUGCCACCAAAAGCUCAUCAAAAGUCAACAGAUUCAACUGAACAGGAGAGAAGGAUCUUGUUAGCUGUUUCAGCUAUUAAAAGUGGGCAAGUCAAGUCUAUACGGCAAGCAGCACGUCAUUAUCAAGUACCUGGAUCUACCUUACGUGGUAGACUCCGUGGAGUUACUUUCCGCCCUGAUAAACGCGCAAAUAACCAUAAAUUGACUCAAAGUGAAGAGGAAUCUCUUUUACAAUGGAUUCGCUCUAUGGAUCGACGUGGAUCAGCUCCCCAACCGUCUCAUGUGCAAGAAAUGGCCAAUAUUCUACUCUCCAAACGUGGUACAACGCCUAUCCAGACAGUUGGUGUAAACUGGGCAUACAACUUUAUUAAACGACAGGAUGAGCUCAGAACAAGAUAUUCCCGACAAUAUGAUUCCCAGCGUGCCCAAUGGGAAGACCCUAAGAUUAUUAGGGAGUGGUUUGACCGUGUACAAAAUACCAUUAUGCAACAUGGGAUUGUACAGGGGGAUAUCUACAAUUUUAAUGAAACUGGCUUUGCAAUGGGCCUAUUAGCUACUGCUAAAGUAGUUACUAGAGCUGAGAUGGUUGGCAAGCCUUUCCUUAUACAGCCAGGCGAUCAGGAAUGGGUCACAACAAUUGAAUGCAUCAACUCUACUGGACGGGUGCUUCCGCCUUGUAUCAUCGUCAAAGGAAAGAUGCAUAUCCAAGGGUUGUAUGAAGAUGAGGCUUUACCACAUGAUUGGAGGAUUGGAGUCAGUGACAAUGGAUGGACAACUGAUGAGAUUGGGCUCUGCUGGCUUAAAAAUGUCUUUAUUCCAUCCACAGAGGCACAUACAACUGGGAGAUAUCGCCUCCUCGUCCUCGAUGGCCAUGGAAGCCAUUUAACUCCCAAGUUUGAUGAGAUAUGCAGCCAAAACAAUAUCAUACCAAUCUCCAUGCCUCCACAUUUAUCACGUCUUUUACAGCCUCUCGAUGUGGCAUGCUUUUCCCCAUUGAAAAAGGCAUACGGGAGGUUGGUUGAAAAUAAGAUGCGGCUUGGCUUCAACCAUAUUGAUAAAUUUGAUUUCCUGGAGGCAUACCCCUAUGCCCAUGCAGAUAUAUUUAAGCCAGAAACCAUUCGUGAUGGUUUUGCAGCAACUGGCUUAAACCCAUUCGAUCCAGAAAGGGUGCUUUCACAGCUUAAUACACAGAUAAUGACACCGACACCGCCCGGCAGCCGAUCAACCAAUUCAGCACCAAAAACACCGGAUAGUCUCGGACAAUUGGAGAAGCAAGCAACUAGGAUCAAGAAGCUUCUAAGGCAUCAUACAGAGAGCUCUCCAAGUUCAACAAAUGCUGCAUUAAACCAGCUUGUUCAGGGGUGUGAGAUGGUUCUGAAUAGCGCCAUUAUUCUGGCCAAAGAGAAUCAGGAUCUGCGGGCUGCAUUGAACCAGCUUGUUAAGGAGUGUGAGGUGGUUGUGAAUAGCGCUAUUAUUCUGGCAAAAGAGAACCAGGAUCUGCGGGCUGCACAUGAGAAGCAGUUUCAUAAAAGGGGUUUAUUUAUCCAAGAAGACCAGCAGCUCCUCCAGCAUGAGAAUGAGGUCCAAAAUGUUCAAGAUGCUCAACCUACUGAACCAGCACCGGCUGCAAUUGAGCAGCGUAUACGGGCACCACCACGGUGUAGUGAUUGCCAUGUUAUUGGACAUAAGCGAUUGCAAUGCCCUAGUCGCUAGAGGGACUAGUUUUUACACGUAUUCCCUAGACCAUGGUCCAGGGGGUGCGGCUUGCUUGUGGGUACGUUAGUUGACUAUAACUAGUUAUACGCAUUUCGAAAUGUUUUUCUGAUGGAUUGGUCUCUUGUACAACCGUAGAUUGUCCUCCAGGCUCACCGUCACCGCAGCAAGGAAUAAGAAUGCGUAUUUCUGAUGGGGCGCAGCCGCGGUUUCAUCCUGGCCGGUGAUAACAAAUGAGCACAUCUGCUUCUUCAAUAGUGAUCAGCCGCCUCCGAUGGGGUCGUAAGGACAGCUUCAUCCGGACUGCUAUCGGGAAAUAUGGUCAUCUCCGUCGUAUUAGGUCGAGUCUGCAUACCCCUGGGUUUCUGAGCAAGUUAGACUUCACUCAUUCCAGGGCCAUGAUGGAAGGAGAAAUGAAGGACAGGAUGCAUUCAGCAACUAAACGUCAAUACCUGCCUCGUCAACGAUCCACGGCAGUCUUAAAAUAAACCGCCAUGCAGUAUUCAGCUUUAUCCAAGCAGAUACGUUUCGGUAAAUCCUACUGGCGCUGUACCAGCGAUAUUCAAUCUAUCUAGCGCUUGUUCAUUUACUCGUCAGGUUUCGCAGAGCUUAUGACGAAAUGUCAAUGGUCCAGAAUCUCUGACAUCAUCCCAAUGCCGGCUUGGAAACCCAUUGCCACCGACGGCAUUACGUCUGGUUCAUACUGCACUGCGAAGUGUGCAACUGCAGUGAAGAAAAGCAGUGUUGGACGAAUGUCCGUGGGGAGGACAGUGCUGCUGUUUGGGAUCACGCCCUACGAUUGCCCCCCUCACUUGGAUCUCGAAGAACUGAACUCUAUGGCUUCGAUUUCGAUUCCCUAUUGAAAACGAUGUAAUCGGAUGGGGAGUGCCACUGGUUAUCCUCCGCGAUGACGUACGUAGAUGUAUUGGGUAUGUAUACUGAAUCAUUUCAAUGUACUGCGUAGUAGUACUUCUUCUUCCCUCCGGCACCACCAGCAACAAACCCCCAUUCCCAAACAUACAGUGAAAUCUGGAAUGAGUGCAAGUGCAUGUUUCUGAACGGCUGAUAUCCCUCAUGUAACAUAGCCAUCUAUCAAUCUCGAUAUAUACGCCCCACAGGACCAAAUCGAAAAUGACAACGGCCAAAGCUCAUUCAGGUGAAAGUUACCAACAGCAUCAUGCCGGGGAGCAUUGGAGCGGGAGUAACCCGAUUCCAACGAUUCAGAAGUUCAUCGAGCAUUUGGACAAGGACAAACGAGAACGGGACCGGAGAAUCGACGAUGAAAAUAAGGCGAGAAAAGAGCAGGAAAAGGCUGCAAGACAGGAAGGAAAACCGCCCGAAGAACGACCAAAGGAGAUCCCAAAGGCAAAGGCAAAGUAUCGAAAGGUGACGGAUCCAACGACCGGUAGGGAGAUAGAGGUCGAGGACAUGGAUAAGGCGUCGAUAGAACGAGCGAAACACCAGACGGUACGAUCUUUUCCUGCUGCCCAGCCUAAAGGGUUCGAGUUCUGGUGCUAAGCUUACUGUAUAUACACAGCUAACGGUCCCCAAUGCCAACCUUGGGAAACCCACGGUAAGUUAUGGAUCUGAGACUGUGAAGCAAGCUAAUGGCUGACCGCGCGGCUUCAGGCUGUAAAAACAGAACAAAACCAGGAAUUCUCACAGUAUAAAGAAAACCAGGAUGUAACAGCACCGCCGGAUCCUGUUGCUGAAGGCACCACCUCCGAUGUCCCCAUCCACGGUGAAGCAACGAACAUCCUCUUUCAUCCUACCCCGUCUGUCAGCUAUAGACCCAUGUUCGAAGAAUUGGAAACACGAGCCGGUCAGCUCUGCAUCGGAACCGCCCUCGCUAUCAUAUUCCUGGGCAAGUUCUUUGGGGGUAGCCUCUGGGGCCUUGUCCCAUUGGCUCUUUGCAUCUCAUGCGGCGUGUUCUUGUGGGCGAAGGAUGUUGUCCAAAAGGGUCUGCAGAUGGAAUGGAGCAGCGAACAGCUUCGAGGUGAAACAGCCACCGCAAACCUCCUCCCGGAAUCUGUAGAAUGGAUGAACUCCUUCCUUAGCGUUGCCUGGAGACUGAUCAACCCCGACAUGUUGUCACCCAUCUCCGACACUAUUGAGGACAUUAUGCAGGCUUCUUCUCCAAAAGUUAUCGAAAAUGUCCGCGUCGCCGAAAUCGACCAAGGGAACAAUCCAUUGCGGAUCCUGAGCAUGCGUUCGCUUCCGGACAAGGAGGUUGAGAAUCUUAAAGAGAACGUCCACCAGGAGAAUAUGAGACAUAAGGAUCCUCAGCAGAGAGCUGUAGCCGAAGAAGGGGGACGAUACUAUAACAUGGAGGCCUCCUUUGCAUAUCAUGCAAGGCCAAGUGGACGGUCCGCUUCGUCCAAAGCGCGGAACAUGCACAUGCAGCUUGUGUUCUAUCUUGGAAUCCGAGGUCUAAUUGGUGUUCCCUUUCCGGUGUUUGUCGAGCUGAUCGAGAUGAUGGGGACUGUUCGAUUGCGAUGUCAAAUGAUGCCAGAUCCCCCGUUCUUGAAGGAUGCAACGUUCAGCCUAAUCGGUAUUCCCCAUGUGAGGGCCGGGUGCGUCCCCAUGGUUAGAAGAGGCGUCAAUAUCCUUAAUCUCCCGAUUAUCUCGAACUUCGCCAACUACGCUAUCAGAACAGCCUGCAGCAUCUUUGCGGCACCCAAAUCCAUGACGAUCGAUCUGAGCAUGUUAAUGAAAGGCGAUGAUAUCCACAAGGAAACCCGAACGUUGGGCGUCAUGUGGAUUCGCAUCCAUCGCGCAGUCGGACUAAGCAAGCAGGACAAACGUGGGAGCAAGGGUGGUGGCAGCGACCCCUAUAUCAACCUCUCGUUCUCAAAGUAUGGGAAACCCAUGUAUUGUACACGGGUUAUCACGGACGAUCUCAAUCCCAUCUGGGAGGAAUCGACUGCCCUGCUUGUGACUCCUGAGUUGAUCAAAGCCGACGAACGCCUGAGCGUGGAACUGUGGGAUUCUGAUCGCAACACGGCAGAUGACAUUGUCGGCAAAGUCGAACUACCCAUCCGCGAAAUGCUGCAGCAUCCCAGUCGGAUGUAUCCCCAGGUUUCCAGGCUGCAGGGCAUGGAACAGGGGAGCGAGAUGCCCGGGGAAUUGCACUGGGAAGUUGGAUACUUUGGGAAGCCGAAUCUACGACGUGAACUGAGGACAGAUGGGAAGAAUAAAAACCUGCCAGAGAAUUUCCGAGAUGAUCCCGUCUUUCAAGAUGACAAAGGUGCCAUCAUCAACGACGAGGAAGACGCAGUGGUCCACACGCCCCCCGAUCCUCUGUGGCCGAGUGGGAUUUUGCACAUUGUCAUCCAUCAGAUUGUGAAUCUGCAACUAGCCGAUAUCAAAGGAAGCAAGGGAAGCCGAAAGGGAAAGGAAUUCGAGCCGGCUAAAGAGUAUGGCGAAAGUAAGGAGGAGCAGUCGGAAAAGCUGCCAACGAGCUAUUGUGACAUGAUCUUGAAUGACCAAAUGAUCUACCGCACGCGUCCCAAGUCUGUGACCUCACAGCCAAUAUUCAACGCCGGGACGGAGAGGUUUGUUCGUGACUGGAAAUCAGCAAUAUUGACCAUCAGCGUCAGGGAUAAACGGUACCGAGAGCAUGAUCCUCUUCUGGGCGUGAUUCCCUUGAAGAUAUCGGAGGUUCUUCAGACAAGCUCGCAAGUAACCAGGUGGUACCCUCUGGACGGCGGAAUUGGAUUCGGCAGAGUCCGCAUAUCGCUUCUCUUCCGGCAUGUCGAGACCAAACUGCCUCCCAACAUGCUUGGAUGGGAUGUUGGCACAUUUGAAUUUGUCUCGGACAAGAUCACAGCGGAGAACUACACGCAGCAUACCAAGAUCAAACUUCGCGCUGGGGCGAGUAGGAGCAAAAUCACACGACACGUCUCGCAUACCGAAGGAGACAACACCAUAUUCAAUCUAUCUGAUCAGUCCCUAAGAGACAGCAUCCGGCUCCCAGUCAAGUAUCGCUACCGCUCCCCUGUCAUCUUUGAAUUCCAUACCGUGAACAAACGAGAUCCUGCCGCGUACUCGAUCCUGUGGCUCCAUCACCUGGUGGACCAUGAAGACACCGAGAUCAACGUGCCCAUCUGGACGACCAAGAACGGCAAACGACUGACCCAGAACUACAUCACGGAGCGAAACUGGAAAGCCAAGGAAGUCCCGGGGCUUGAGGACCUCAAAGAAGUCGGCCGUCUGAAGUUCCGAGCCCGCUUCAGCCCGGGGAUUGACGAGUCCCACGAGCAGUACAUCGUCGACAACGAUUCCCGCGAGACCUACGAGGCCUGGGAAGCAUGUCUCGCCGAAGGUGUCCGCGAGCGGGAGGUCUCGUCGGAGAUACCCGACAACAUCCGCGAACUCCACGAGCGAUCCCUCGACAUAGCCCGCGAGAGACUGAAAAAUACCGACCCGGAAGAACGCAACCGGUGGAUCGACAAGCACGGACAGGACUGGAGCGGAGCAUUUGGAGAUGAUCCCCGUGCCUACACAGACUCGAAAGGUCGCAAGAUCGCUGAACCUGGGCGAGACAAGCCCCGUCAUGAUCCUGUAAUGCCGCCCCCGAUCAAUGGGCAGCCAUCUCGCGAGUUGAAUUCCCAGAAGGGAGACUACGCCCUGGCCGAUUCCGAGGAUUCAGAGUCCGGCGAGUCGACGGAUGCCGAGCAGAAUUCUCUCGUUGCCACGGGCCAUCAUAAAAACGGCGACGCCGCAGGAAAGGCUUAUGAGAAGACCGAAAAAGGUAGCAAAGAGAUAAAUAAGGUGAAUCGACGCACGGAGAAGCGACAGGAGCGUGGAAUCAUGCAAUGGAAACCAGCGCGUAAUGCCGCCUUUGCGAAAGAUGAAGGGAAAUUCGGCCUCAAAAAGUUGAAAAAGAAGCUCCCCGGAGGUGAUCUUACGGGACGAGAACCGGAUAUUGAGACGGAGACUGGUCAUUGAGUUGUUCACCCUGAGUAAUGUUAUGUAGAUUAAAUGUAAAUUCAUCAUUUACGCGUUCCGCGCGUCGUAGCCUUCAUCGCUUGCUCUAAUCGCAGCAUCUUUCCUUAGAUAUGUCUCCCUCCAAUUUGAUGCGUAAUAUCAUGUCUCAGAAUCACGGUAUCAAUUCCUAGGGGGAAUGAUCAGUUGACGCUGGAUCCCUCCAGAUCCUAGUAUUGUCGUUUUCUGUUUAAUCUGCCCUUUUCCCAUGGUUGAUGUAUGCAGCUGUGGCCAUGAGCAACUCAUCCACUCUAGGUCAGAAAUAGAAAUAUCGCGGCGGUAUUUCUGUGCCCUCGGCGGCUUCAUCGGGGUCAUUGCAAUCCUCCUUUUCUGCAAAACCUAUCUUCCUCGAAUCCUGCAUGUUCGAGCGAAGAAAGAGGCACGCAGAACAGGCGUGCAGCAGCAGCAACGACAAUAACAACAGCAGUCGGCCGGCGCAUACCCCUACCGCAGGGAGAACCUGGAGACUGCUCUAUCCCCGAAUACUGACUAACUCUGAUGAUCCCAUGUUCCGUGCUCUGUCCCGUCGGGUUCUUCCUCUAUGGGGAGCACUGGAUCCUGCCGAUCUUGAAGCGUCGCGUUCGUCUGCGUCAGCAUCAUCAUCUUCAUCCCCAUGCUCUUCAUUUCCAUCCAGCCGUACAUCGUGCACAGCUAUCCCAAGUACACGGCAUCCGCGCUGGCGUCUACUGGCAUGCUCCGAUCGCUGGCCCGGUUCUCGUUCGCCUUGUUCGUGCCGAGUAUGUAUGCCGGCCUGGGGUACAGCUGGGGGAAUAGGACCCUGGAUUCAUGGCUAUUGUCAUUGGGGUCCCGGCGCCAUUGCUGCUGUGGAGAUUCGAUGCGGGCAUGAGGAAACAGAGUAAAUUUGCUGGU